AUGGAUAUACAUUCACAGUACACACCUGGGAAGAUAAGUAUCUCUGAACGGUCCAUUCUUUCAGGAGCAAAGGCGGUUGAGAAUGCAGAUUACCCACACUACUAUAAUCUCUUAAGAAAAAUGAACAUGCCUUUUGUGAAAGGAAUUGAGGACAGACAUGACUGUGAGAGAACGGAAAAGAAAUGCAACCCUGCUUUUCUUAAAUUUCACCCUUACCCCCCUUCAUUCGUACCAGACUAUCAUUUACACUAUCCUUAUCCCCCACCACAUGGGCCAGAUUACCCGUUAUUUCCACUCCGUGAUGAUGUACCCUUAGGUGAUCCCUGUUCGGGGUUCAUGAGUCCUGGUGGCGACGCUGAUUUAAAGCCUGGCAUUGGCAGAACCAUCCCAAGUCUGGUGGAUUUGAGUGACGUGAAACCUCAACAACGAGUUCCCAGGCCAGAUACGGGAUUUCAAACAACGAUAAAAAGGCAAAAAAUUUUAUUAGAAGAACUAAAACAAGACAGAAAGUGGAAUUCCAGGGCAACUUCAGAUUCUGUCAUCAGAGCAAGACUUGGAGGCUGGACCAGCCCAGUGAGAGUCGCUCCUCCCCGGCCUCGGCAUGAAGCGUGCUCAGUCUCUCACACGUACACGUUCGACGAGGAAGCGGCCUGUAAAGAGGAUGGAGAGCUCCCUGCACAGCCAAACCAGAAACGUGAUGCAAAGGACUUGUUUUAUAAGUCCUCUACACAAAG